GUGACCACUUGCAGGAUGAUAGGUUUUACGCAUUGGCUCCUGUUGUGGGUGGGAUGCAACAGCUGCUUGUGUCUGGGACUUCAAGAGUUGCUAAAGGAUGGCAUGGUUGGCAUGAGGAGUGCUGGGUAUGGAGUCCAGUUCGGAGCAGGUGGAGAAGCAGUGCUGCCUCCAGGGGAUACAGUGUCCGAGCAUAUGCUCAGGCUGUAUGAUAAAUACCGAGGAGGAAGGGUCAGAGAGACUUCAUCCAGGCACCAACUACCCCUCCAGGAUGGCAACACGGUCAGGAGCUUCAGAGCAAUUAGUGGUGACAUUCACAAUAGAAGUCUUCAUAUUUUCAACAUGACCUCCCUGACAAAGUCUGAAAACAUUCUUUCAGCUACGUUACAUUAUUACCUGGGAGAUCUAGUUAAUUCUACCCAGCGAUGCCCUCAUUCACUAUCAUGCCCUCGACGUGGCAGAAGGAAAUUUGACUUCACUUUAAAUCUUACUGUGUGGAGCUUUUCUUCUCUUGAGAAUCAUACGCAAAUCCUAGGAAAUUUUCUUAUUAACAUAUCCACGUCCUAUCGGGAUUUCCCAUCAUGGCAGUGGAAGGAUAUUACUCAGGUAUUACGUGAAGCUAAGCAAAAUGGGGAUACUCUCAUUGGAAUCAAUAUGACAGUAGCUGCUCCCAAUCAGAGACGGAAACAACCCUUAUCCCUUAAACCGUACAUUUUGGUUUUUGCUAAUGAUUCUGCCAUAUCAGAGCCAGAUAGUGUUGUUUCUAAUUUACAUGGACAACGAAAACCUCUAACCCACAAACCACAUAGGAAGGCAGAAGUAGUUGCAAACAGAAGGAGGCGCUCAACUGAUAUCCUUUUACCCUUGCAAAAUAAUGAGCUUCCUGGGGCAGAGUACCAGUAUAAUGAAGAUAAUGAGGGUUGGGUUGACAAAAAAUCCUACAAAACUCUUCAAGUACAACCAUCUGAUAAGGAAAACAGUAAAAAAAAACUGAAGAAGAGUGGACGUCAAAAGAGCCAAACUCUUCAGUUUGAUGAACAAACUUUGAAGAAAGCCAGGAGAAAGCAAUGGAACGAACCGCGAAAUUGUGCACGGCGUUAUCUGAAAGUAGAUUUUGCAGAUAUUGGAUGGAGUGAAUGGAUAAUUUCCCCUAAAUCCUUUGAUGCAUAUUACUGCUCAGGUGCAUGCCAGUUCCCGAUGCCAAAGUCCUUGAAGCCUUCAAACCAUGCAACAAUACAGAGUAUUGUACGAGCAGUGGGCGUAGUACCUGGUAUUCCUGAGCCAUGCUGCGUACCCGAAAAGAUGUCCUCUCUGAGCAUUCUAUUCUUCGAUGAGAACAAGAACGUUGUACUUAAAGUUUAUCCCAACAUGACAGUAAAUUCAUGUGCCUGCAGAUAACAUCUCAGAAGACCAAGUCAGAAGUGUCAAAAGCAAUCUUACUCUUUGCACUUUCAAUUCAUUAUAUUCUAAAGAGUUUUUCCAGCAAAAAAGAAACGAUAACAUAUAAACUUUAUAAACUAUUUUUUUUUAAAUAUUGAAACUAAACUUCAAACACAAACUAACUAAAACUGGCAAAAAGAAUGGAACAAUAUUUUACUUUUGUAAACAAAGAAGAAAAAAAGAUUAAGAUCUACAGAGGAUAGUUUUUUUAUGUAGGAACCUUCAUAAGAUGCAUCUAUUUUUGUACCAGAGAAUGCUAAAAAUAAAUAAAAUACCAGCAGCUUUUAUGCCUUUAAAAUGAUGGCAUCAAUGAUAUGAUAUCCUUUAUCAGAUAACAUUCAUGUAAACACCAAGUUGCUGUUCUGUUUUUCUCUUUCAGCCUGGGUCUCGAACCCGGUGUAGUUCCAAUAUGGUUCCACUGAAAGAUUUCUUGUCACUGAUAUGCUCUGCAUUGUGGGAAAUGUAUAAUUAUACACUAUAUGUGACACUGGACAUAUUCAAAUGUAAUACAUUGGCCUAUUUUUUUUGUGGGUCAGCACUUUUUAAGGAAUGAUGCACAAAUCCAAUAUAUAUAGUUUAAAGAAAUGCAAGACUUCAGAAGUAUUAUGUAACCUCAUACCACACAAGAGUAUCUAAUUACUUAAUCUUAAAUGAAUAUAAUCAGUGGAAAUUGGCUUUAUUCAGAUCUAUAGCAAGUGUAAUAGCUCUAAACUAUGUAUGAACCCUAAAACUGGUGUAGAAAAAAAUUGUUUAAAAUAUAUGUAAAACUAACAUUUAUGGUGAUUACAGUAAUUAAUAGUAGUGCUGAAUUUGUCACAUGAUUACAUAAAACUAUGGGGGGGUCACAUUAUUUUAUAAAGCCAGAAGCAGGUAUAAAUGAAAUUUGUUUUAGGGUUAGAGCCAGUCUAUACUAAGACACUUUGUAAGUCAAUGGCUAAAUAGGGUAUUUAUAUACGUUAUGACUUAUGGAUAACUUAAAGGAUGAUAUUUUUAAAGUGCCUUCAUUUAAUGAUCUUUUAGUAGUGUUUUUGCAAUAUAUAGACCUUUUCAUUUUUUUUGUGAAAAUAAAAACGACUUUUUUUAUCUAAUAAUAGCAGAUGGAUAUAUUGUGUACAACAUCUGGUAGCUAAAAGGUCUUCUCCACUUUCAGUAAAUUGUCAUUGUAUUGGGUAUCUAGUUAUCAACAACAUUGCGAAACACAGGAUUUAUAUACCACCUAACAUAUAUACAAUAGAAUGUAGAGCGAACGAUCGUAAAGUGGUACAGAAGAUAUUGAAAUAGAUGAAUGAAUAGAAAAACAAAGCAUUUUUCAGACUUUUUUUUAAAUUACCUUUGAUUUUAUCAUAUAGCUUAUUUAAGUAUUUAUAUGUUUUUGUUCUUCAUUGAAUCGGAUUUCACAAUAAAUUAUUCUUACCCUUGAUAUAUAAA